AUGAGGUGGCGAAGCGUAUGGGCUGCAGACGCGAAUCACGAUGGCUCACGCUUGGUGGUCGCGGUGCCCCUCGAUGAGGAGAUCUCGUCCGCGGUGAUGGUUGGUAGCGGCGAGAUGGGGCUCUUAAGUGGGGAUAGUGGCGGUCGAUUGGUGCGGCGGCUUGGUGGAGACUGGGUUAGGGUGCGGUCGCGACCGCUGCUAGGGCUGGGAGGCACGGCUGAGGUGCGACGGUUUGGCUGGGUUCGCAGCUCCGGUGAGGGGAGGCGGCCUGCGGCGGAGAUUGCCGAAGUGUUACGUUUAGGAAUGAAGAACAAAUUGGUUCGCCGGAUCAAAAAGCCGCUUUCGUGUUCAGGACAAUGGCAUGCAACAGAAUGUAGCAGUUCUCCAAAUCACCAACCCUGUGUGGACGUGCGUGAGGAAUAUGCAAACGCAUUUCGAACGGAAUCAUACACUGAGUUUUUGACACGUGUCCUUGCCUAUUCCAAGAACGAUUCAUCUUCGUGUUUGUCAAGAGAGUCCACCACCUCGGCCCGUCUCCCCUCGUACCGUUUGUUCGCGGAGCAUCUAUUGGACCCCGAUCAGCCCACGGUCACUCGGGCCCUAUCCCUGGCCCAUUGUAGGCCCAAGGUCCACUCUCUACUGUCAGACUAUUUCUCACAUACUGCCAAUUCUUCUCUUCUUUUUAGCCACCUAUUAAAAGACAUUGAUCUUGUGCGUCUGAAGUAUACAGCGCUUAAAACCAUUCUUCAAUGUGUUCCAACUAAUCAAAUCCCUUCGCCAAUGGUUAUAACCCAUUUAACUGAAUUUUCAAACUUUUCCAACUCGUUUACCUCAUCGGGUCAAGUUCGGGCCAAACAGUAUCAAUGCUUCAACUUGCAAAAACGGCUCGAGUCAAGCCGCGACAAGGCACAAGCCAAGCUACAACUAGCAGCUAAAAUGAAAUGUGGCUCGGCUUGUCUAGUUGCGGCUAUAACGGCUUCACUUGUUGUUAUUACUAUCUCUCAUGGCCUUGCAUUGAUUAUGGCUAUGCCUGGAUUGGCUUCAAUGAAUUUGGGUUCGAAAAGGAAGUUGGCUAAGGUGGCGGCUCGGCUCGAUGCAGCCGCGAAAGGAAGUUAUAUAGUGAAUAAGGAUUUGGAGAUGACAAGUCGGCUUGUGGCUCGGCUUAAUGAUGAGCUAGAAUACAUGAGGAGAAGAGUGAAAAUUUGGGUUGAGAGAAGGGAGAAUAGAGUUGAAGGCAAUGAUGUUGUGCAGUUGUUGAAGAAGAAGCAUUGUAGUUUCAGUGAGCAAUUGGAUGAAUUGGAAGAACAUUUAUAUUUGUGUUUCAUGACUAUUAACAGGGCUAGAGACCUUGUGCUAAGUCAAAUUAGUGAUUGA